UUUUAAGCUCUACAUCCAUUAUAUUCAUCUCCAUCAUUCUUAUUUCUCUUUUCUUCACUUCAUCUGCUCAAACCUGUUCAAACCACACUUUUACAUCCAAAAGGGUCUUCACUUCUUGCCAAGAUCUUCCAUAUCUCAAUGCCCAUCUCCACUGGACCUAUUUCAAAUCCUCCAAACAAGCCAAGAUCGCAUUUCGAGUCCAACACACCCCCAAUGGAUGGACCGCGUGGGCAAUCAAUCUGAACCGACGAGCCAUGGUUGGAUCGCAGGCCCUGCUGGCUUUUCGCGACAGUAAAGGCAGGAUGUCGGCAUAUACAACAUUGAUCACUGGAUACAAUCCGUCAAUGCAGCCCAGGAAACUUCAGUUCCGUGUUUCGAAGCUCUCGGCAGAGUAUGCAAACAAUGAGAUCACAAUUUUUGCGGUUGUGGGUCCACUUGUGAACGGACCUGUGGUGAAUCAAGUGUGGCAAGUUGGGAGCUUGGAUCGGAAUGGGGUCCCUCAAAUGCAUGCAAUGGAGCUGGAAAAUCUUCAAUCCACAGGGAUCAUUGAUUUUUCAUCAAGUCUGUAAAAAUGGAAUUGAAACAAUAAAAAUCUAUAAAUUCUCAC